UUAUAUCGUACUUGUAGAUGAGAUGUUCCUUUUCCGUUUUGAACCAUUGUUCACAGUUUGCCUUCUUCUCUCUUUUCGAAGUCCUCUUUGCGAGCAGAACUCAUAGAUUCAUGUGUGGUUGUAUCUCUUCUGCCGCUACUUCUUUUCACAAUUUUUGCACAGAUUUGUCGCUGCUGAGCAGCAGGAAGAAUGUCGGGAAUAAUUUCUGCGGACAGGAAUAAUCCUGAGAUUAAGUCUGAGGUGGAUUUGGAGCAGCGCCAACACGUUCCCUACAUACUAAAUGGAGAGCUGUACAGCAUUCAAAGCCAAAUUGGGGAUAAUGUUGUGGUCAAGUGCUGUAAUUGUCCGCCGGAUCGAGUGUAUCGCGGCAGCGUGCGUUCUACGGGAAACUUUCAUAUGCACAUCAAGCGUCGCCACACAUCGUUGUUGGGGAAAUUGCAUGAAAUGAAGGUGACUGCCCUAGAGGAGCGCCGUGAUCGAAUUAUGAAGAACCGGGCCAUUGAGAAACCCCGUAGGAAGAGACGAUCCACAUCGUUGUGCAAGCCUGAAACAACAGGACCGGCUGCGGCGGCGCUUGAGCCGGUUGCACCGACUACUAUAGCUACGGGAACGUCCUCGACGCCGACGGGAAAUGAAACGCACGAGUUGAAAAUAAAAACGGUGUUUCAGCGCCACCAACAAGAGCAUAGCGAACAGAAGGAGGAGACGAACACAAAAACACCUUCUCCUUCCGUGAGCGGCUAUUCGACCUUAGAUCACAACCAAAAUCACGUGAAGCUGGCCGCGGCGAAAAUGGCCAACUGUACAGAUAAUUCGAAUAACAAUGGGCUAAUUGUCCAACAUGUUCAUACUCUUCCAACUCUGAACCCCAGCACGGUGGAUAAUCUUAUGGCCAAUUAUAGCCAACUUACUCCCAUGACGGCUGUGCGUCAGGUCGUGCAUUUGGGCCACGUUAAGCAGGAGCAGCAACCAAAUAAUUUACCAUCGCCAUUCCGUGCGGAUCAACCGGUGCCCAUUGAUCUGACCACAGCUUCCGUAGCAUCCUCGCAAAGCGACAGCAAAUCCAGCUUAUCCAGCAAAUCGUAUUCCCUGGAAGAUGUUCAAAUGGCUGCCUCAUUGUCCCAUUACAUAGAUGGCCCACCCAGAGACAUACUGCAUCGCCUUGAACGCACAAUGACGGAUAUAAGUCAGGAGCUGCGCUCCCGCAACCAAAUUGAGCACAACCGUUUACUCCUGGAGGCAGCCAAAUUCAAGUUCUUAAACCCAAACUUCCAAUUUGAGCCCACCCUUUAGGCCAGUUCGGGGAUCGAAACAAUUGAUGAAUUAAAAUAUAUGUAUGUAUAUGCAUUUACAAAAUAUAUGUAUAUUCCAACAUCCCACCAUAUUGGUGUGGCGCUGAUAACCGUCUUGAGUAUUUUGUAUUUCGCAACGGCAGUAUUCAAUAAAUUAACUAAUGUUCCAUUUAACUGAA